GAUAGGCAGUUGCGUCGAGUCUUCGAUUAAACAAAAUGACUUCCAAACUGGUGAUUGUCUUCGCUCUGGCCGUAGUGGCUCAGAUAUCAGCGACACCCUUGUUUUUUAACGUGAUCCAAGAUGCCGUCGAGCACAUGAAAGACGAAGCCCAAGAGAUUGCCAACAACAUCAACCAGGGCAUACAAGAUGCAAUUAACCAGGUCACCAACAGUAGCAGCGAAGCCGCAGCCAACGCCACCGCUUCUGCUGACGACAGCAGCUCUGCAGCAUCAGCAGACACUGCGGCCGAGGAAGACACAUCUGACUCCGCAUCUGACUCUGCAUCUGACUCCGCAUCCGACGCCACAUCUGAUUCCUCAUCCGACUCCACAUCUGACUCCUCAUCCGACUCCUCAUCCGACUCCACAUCUGACUCUGCAUCUGACUCCGCAUCUGACUCCAGCUCUUCCAGCUCCUCAUAAAGAUAUGGGCUAGAGAGUGAAAAUGAGAUUGGGAGCUCCUAAGGCUGAGGCAGUUCACAGGCGUUAUUCCAAAAUUUCACCUUAUAGCUGUCAAUAACACGACUUUGGUAAUUAAAUUCCUGACAAUAACAGUGCCAAAUCUUAAAAAUAAACAUCUUUGACUCUCA